GCGCGAUUCAGUUGUUCCUCGUCGAUCGCGGCCUGCGGAAGUGUUCACUUCACUAUUGUGCCCCACUGGAUUGUACCGCUGAUUCUGACCCUUGAGUCUUCUAUUCACAUAGUAGUGACUAUAAUUGGAGUCGCGAGCGGAUAAAUGGAGAUCCGAGUGGGCGUGGGCGAUCUGCUGAAAAUGGGCACCAAAAAACAUAUAAAUCUAAUUUUUUCACACAGGCUCAUUGGCCACAAGAUCGUCCAGUAUCGCCUAGGCACAAAGCAGACGAAAGUGGUCUGCACCAGGGAUGGACAGGUGCGCGGACAUCGCCGAAGGACACUCUACGACGAGGAGUUGUACUUCGCCUUCGAAGGAAUCCCCUUCGCACAGCCGCCGGUGGGGGAGCUGCGCUUCCGAGCCCCCCAACCAGCACGCCCCUGGUUGGGAAUACGGGACUGCACCUACCCGAGGGCCAAGCCGAUGCAAAAACACUUCGUGCUCAGCAUCGUCGAAGGCAGCGAGGAUUGCCUGUACCUAAACGUAUACUCCAAGCGUCUGAAGUCGGACAAACCGCUGCCAGUGAUCGUGUGGAUCUAUGGCGGUGGAUUCCAGAUCGGCGAGGCUGGUCGCGAUUUCUAUAGUCCAGACUACUUCAUGCAGCACGACGUCGUGGUUGUCACAUUUAAUUACAGGGUGGGCGCAUUAGGCUUCCUUAGCCUCCAAGAUCGUGACUUGGAUGUGCCCGGAAAUGCUGGUCUUAAGGACCAAGUGAUGGCCCUUCGCUGGAUCAGUCAGAACAUAGCCCAAUUCAAUGGAGACCCCCAAAAUAUAACGCUGAUGGGCGAGAGUGCGGGAGCAGCCUCCGUUCACGCGAUGAUGACCACUGAGCAAACAAGAGGGCUCUUCCACAAGGCCAUCAUGCAAUCGGGAUCCAUGUUCUGCGAGUGGGCCAAUGAGCCAAGUGGCAGGUGGGCACACCGCCUGGCCUGCCAACUAGGAUACUCGGGCAGUGAGAACGAGAAGGAAGUGUUUCGCUUCCUUCAAAAAGCCCCCGCCUCCGAAAUGGCCGCACAGGGGAUUACUCUCGUCUCUCAAGAGGAACGACGGGAGUACGUCCUGUUUCCGUUUACUCCCGUUGUGGAACCAUAUAUCACCAGGGAUUGCGUAUUGCCCCGUUGCCAUAGGGAUAUGCUGCCGGGGGCUUGGGGAAAUGACCUGCCGCUGAUCCUGGGGGGCAACUCCUUUGAAGGCCUCUUCGCCUACCAGAGUACCCUGCACGACGAGGAACACAUGCUAAGUGCCUUUGAGGUGCUAAUUCCUCGGGAGAUCAGGGAAAAGAGAAGCCAGUCUCAUCUCAAGGAUUUGCUACGUCAGUUCAAGGUGGAUAAUUUCGAGGAUGCAACUCGUGGGAGAAUGGAGUUCAAUGAGUGCCUGCAUAUACUGUCCGUUAAACACUUUUGGCACGGCAUCCAUCGCACUGUAUUGGCCCGCCUCAGCCACGCCCCCACUACGCCCACAUAUCUGUACCGAUUCGAUGUAGACUCACCCCACUUUAAUCACUUCAGGCAGGUGAUGUGCGGAAAACACGUUCGCGGAGUCAGCCAUGCCGACGAUAUUUCCUACCUUUUCUACCACAUUUUGGCCAACAAGGUGGAGAAGUCUUCGAUGGAGUACCAAACCAUACAGAGACUGGUCGGCAUGUGGGUGGCAUUCGCCCGGAACGACAAUCCCAACUGUCCACAGAUCGCCCCGACCACAUGGGAAGCGCUAGAUGAGCAAGGUCCGCAGAUGUGUCUCAAUAUUGGAAAACAACUGGAGUUCAUUGUGCUGCCGGAGUCAAAGCAAAAUAGGAUUUGGGAUAGACUAUACGAUAAGCACGACCUUUUCUCUAGUGCAAGUGCGAAGGAGUGUCACAAGUAUGGACGUGGCAGUUUUAGACGGUUCUGGGCCAACCGGAACGCCCAAUUGUUAUCCGGACUCUCCAUCCACUCGCUGAGAGCACAUCCCGACUGCAUGAUGGCCUUGUGGAAGAGACCUCGUGUUUGCUCCGUGGUCAUCAUCACGUGGACAGAAGCAGAUCCCGCACUUUCUCCCAUCAAAGUGAUGUUGUGGGGGUCGCCAUUGAACUUGCAGGUGAACACGACCAGCGGACCGGUGCGCGGAAAACUGUGCUCAGGUCUCUACGGCGAUGAGUACGUCAGCUUCGAGCGGAUUCCGUACGCGCAGCCGCCGGUUGGGCCGCUCCGGUUCAUGGCCCCCCUGCCCGUGGAACCCUGGAGCCAGCCUCUGGAUUGCACCCAGUCCGGCCAGAAGCCGCUCCAAUUCAACCACUACUCCAAGCAGCUGGAGGGCGUCGAGGACUGCCUGUAUCUGAAUGUCUACGCGAAGGAGCUCGACUCUCCAAGUCCACUACCGCUGAUUGUGUUCUUUUUUGGAGGUGGUUUCGAAAAGGGCGAUCCCACCAAGGAGCUGCAUAGUCCUGACUACUUCAUGAUGCGCGAUGUGGUCGUAGUCACAGUUAGCUAUCGCGUGGGUCCACUGGGAUUCCUGAGCCUGAACGAUCCUGCCGUUGGAGUGCCCGGAAAUGCAGGUCUGAAGGACCAGCUGCUGGCAAUGCAAUGGAUCAAAGAAAACGCUGAAAGAUUUAAUGGCGACCCCAACAACGUGACCGCUUUUGGUGAGAGCGCCGGAGCCGCUUCAGUGCAUUACCUAAUGCUGAAUCCCAAGGCUGAGGGUCUGUUCCAGAAGGCCAUUUUGCAAUCGGGCAAUGUGCUCUGCUCCUGGGCCCUCUGUUCUAUCAAAAAUCUGCCCCAUCGGUUAGCGGUCAACCUGGGAAUGGAAAGUGCCGAGCAUGUAACCGACGCCAUGGUUUUGGACUUCCUGCAGAAAUUACCGGGAGAGACACUCGUACGACCAUACCUACUCAGCGCAGAGGAGCACCUGGACGACUGCGUCUUUCAGUUUGGACCAGUGGUGGAGCCAUAUAAAACGGAGCACUGUGCGCUGCCUAAGCAUCCGCAGGAACUGCUAGACAAGGCCUGGGGAAACAGGAUUCCGGUGCUGAUGAGCGGCACUUCUUUCGAGGGUUUGCUGAUGUACGCCCGAGUCCAAAUGGCUCCGUACUUGCUCACCAGCCUGAAAAAUGAACCAGAGCACAUGCUACCACUGGAUGUGAAGCGGAAUCUACCCCAGGCGCUGGCUCGACAUCUGGGCCAGCGGCUUCAGGAGACUCAUUUCGGCGGCAGCGACCCUUCUUCCAUGUCGCCAGACUCCUUAAAAGCGUACUGCGAGUACGCCAGCUAUAAAGUGUUUUGGCAUCCCAUUCUAAAAACGCUGAGAUCCCGUGUAAAGAGUGCUUCCAGUGCAUCCACAUACCUUUACCGGUUCGACUUUGACUCUCCGACGUUCAAUCACCAGCGAUUGAAGUACUGCGGGGAUAAGUUGCGGGGCGUGGCCCACGUGGAUGAUCACUCGUACCUGUGGUAUGGAGACUUCUCCUGGAAGCUGGACAAGCACACACCCGAGUUCCUCACAAUCGAGAGGAUGAUUGAUAUGUUGACAAGCUUCGCGAGGACAUCGAAUCCUAGCUGCAAGCUCAUCCAGGAUCAGCUUCCUCGAGCCAAAGAAUGGAAGACACUAAACAGCCAAUCCGCUUUGGAGUGCCUCAACAUCUCUGAGAACAUUAAGUUGAUGGAGCUGCCGGAGCUGCAGAAGCUGAGGGUCUGGGAAAGUGUCUGCCAAUCAACGGACUAACCAAGAGUAUUAAAUGUCCUCCUUAACAAAAUUUGUAUCUUAAAUCAAACAAUUGACUUAACAUUUAAUAACGAUGCCGAGUAUCUAAAAUAAAAAUUUUAGUUGGAAAUAUAUUGUAUAAAAAAUCGGA